AUGGGCAUCACCAGUCUGGCCAGCGUCCUUCUAGGACUCGCAGUGCUGUAUGUCCUGAAGCAGCUGCUGUCGUCUCGAACGAACCGGACCCCCCUGCCCCCGGGACCCAAGGGCAAGUUCCUCAUCGGCAACCUGGGGGAUCUGCCGCCGCCGGGGACGAAGGAUUGGGAGCAUUGGGCCAAGUUCAAGGAGUCAUACGGCCCCAUCAGCUCCAUUACCAUCCUCGGCCAGACGAUCGUCAUCAUCAACGACGCCCGAACCGCCUUCGAUCUAAUGGAAAAGCGCUCAGCCAUCUACUCAUCGCGGCCGCGCAUGACGUUUGCCGGCGAACUGAUCGGCUGGGACGAUAUAACUGGCAUGCAACCCUACUCGGACAGCUUCCGCACCUACCGCAAGGUGAUACACCGGGUGCUGGGGUCCAAAGCGACCGCUGCGCGCUUUAACCCGCUGCAGGAGGUCGAGAUCCGCCGGUUUCUGCUGCGGGUUCUUGAUCGCCCGGAUGAUCUGGUGCAACAUAUUCGGACAGAAGCGGGAGCGGUGAUCCUGAAAAUCGCAUACGGGUAUACGAUCGAGCCACACGGUCGCGAUCCGCUCGUCGAUAUGGCCAACGAUGCCAUGGAGGAGUUUUCCAUGGCGGCAACGCCCGGGGUAUGGUUGGUGGAUACGAUCCCCUGGCUGAAACACCUUCCCGGCUGGCUUCCAGGCACCGGGUUCAAAAAGACGGCGGCAGCAUGGCGAAAGACACUCCUCAACACCAUCGAAAGGCCCUACCGGUUCGUGGAGGAGCAAAUGAGCCGGGGGACAUACGCCCCCUCGUAUGUGGCCAGCUUGCUGGAAGAGGACUCUGGUCAGUGGACAGCAGAGGACGAGCGAGUCGCGAAGUGGACGGCUGCAUCGUUAUACCUGGGUGGCGCCGACACGACCGUCUCCUCUCUCGCCUGUUUCUUCCUCGCCAUAGCGCGCAACCCAGACGCGCAACGCAAGGCCCAGGAAGAGAUCGACCGGGUGGUAGGCGUGCACCGCCUACCCACCUACGCCGACCGCGAGAAGCUACCGUACAUCGACGCGCUCGUCAAAGAGACUCUCCGCUGGCACCCCGUGGCGCCCAUGGCUCUCCCGCACGCGUGUAUCCAAGACGACAUGUACUCGGGGUAUCGGAUCCCGAAGGGGUCGCUGAUCCUGCCCAACAUCUGGGCCAUGACGCACGACCCAGCCGUUUACCCCGACCCUAUGGAAUUCCGACCAGAGCGCUUCCUGGGCCCGACUCCCGAGCUGAAUCCGCAUACGCUGUCCUUCGGGUUCGGUCGACGCAUUUGUCCAGGGAAGCUGCUCGCCGAUAAUACCAUUUUUCUGAGCAUUGUUCAGUCGCUGGCCGUGUUCAAUGUUAGCAAGUUAGAGGGGACAGGCGAGGAGACGGGGUUCCUACCAGGCGUGGUGAGCCACCCGGAGCCGUUUCAGUUGCGGGUGCGGCCGCGGAGUGAGGCGCAUGAGACACUGAUUCGGACUGUGGAGGCUGAGCAUCCGUGGGAGGAGAGUCAUGCGAAGGAGAUUGAAAAAGUUUAG